GUCACACAUCAUUCAGGAAAGAGUGUAACGGCAUUACUGGAGGUUCUUGAGAGAUUUAAUACUACGGAAGAAGCGAGAAUACCUGGGCGUCUAGUAUUACAGCACAAGAGAAAGCCAGCAUGCCGAAUAAAGUCACUCAGAGCCAACUGACGCUCACCAGCACGGUGGAAACCGAAAAGUUCAGAAAUCCAUCUUGGUGGAGGCAACGCAAUCCAUUAGAAAGAGUAUUAUGUAGCGUUACAACAAUAUCUCUCAUAAUAUUUUUUGCCAUGACUGUGGCUUUAGCUGUGGUUACUUACAAGUAUCAGCGAAACUUAGCUGACAGAUUGAACAAAAAACAAGAAGGAAAGGACUUUCUCACAUCAGAACACGUUUGCACAACACCAGGUUGCGUAAUUACAGCGGCAACUGUACUCAGAAAUAUAGAUGACUCUGUAAAUCCUUGUGAGGACUUCUAUCAUUUUGCAUGUGGAGGAUGGAUCAAAGAACAAGUGAUACCAGAAGACAAGUCUGACUUAUCCGCCUUUUCAUUGCUUCGAGAUGAUCUAAAGAAAAAACUGCGAGCUCUGGUGGAACAACCUAUAACAGGAAAAGAACCAGAGUUCAUCUUUAAGGUCAAGAAUAUGUACAACACUUGUAUGGAUUUGAGUAAGUAUACAUACUCGUUUCCUGUUAGAAGAGCUAUUACUACUAUGUUGCUUACACCUCUAUCGAAUACACAACAUGUGUUACUCAUCUUCGACUGGCUGGAAACGCUCAUCAAGUUCCGUAGGCAUGGUUACAGUAAUGAUAUCCUGGUGGACCUGUCUGUAAUCACGGAUUAUAGAAAUAACUCUGAACAUAUAAUUGAACUGGACCAGACUGCCUUGGGAAUGCCAGAUCGAAGCUACUUGAUUAAAGGCUUAAGUGACCCAGGAGUUGCCGCCUACUACAAGUUGAUGAUUAAUAGCGCUGUUCUGUUGGGAGCAAGUCAAGAAGAUGCUGAAGAACAGAUGCUAAAAGCACUGAAUUUUGAAAUCACUUUAGCGAAUAUCUCGCUACCAAGGGAAGAAAGAAGAAACUUAAGCAAGCUCUACAAUAAAAUGAACGUUACGGAUAUCUCAAGAUUAGCGCCUCAGAUAAACUGGAGAAAGUUCUUAAAUAACCUUCUGGUCGAUCCCAUUCCAGAUUCAGAGCCUGUUGUCGUCAUCGUCCCUGAAUUUAUCAAAAAAAUCGGCGAAAUAGUCAGUUCUAGUGAUAAACGGGUAAUUAGCAACUACAUGCUGUGGCGAGUGGUGCUACGGUCGUUUCACACGUUAAGUAAACCAUGGAGGGAACUGAUACAGCAGUAUAAUACUAUUAUCACAGGUAAAACUAUAGAGCCACCCCGAUGGGAACAGUGUAUGGAUUUCUUAACAAACGACUUAGGUGUGGCGCUGGCGUCGCUCUACGUUCGUAACCAUUUCCAAGAGGAAAGCAAGCAGUUGGCACUUGAGAUUGUCAACUAUAUUCACAAAGAAUUCGUAAAGAUGUUGGACGAACUUCACUGGAUGGAUGAAAAAACUAAACAGAAAGCGAAAGAAAAGGCUCAUGCCAUUCAAUCCCACAUAGGCUACCCAGACGAACUUCUUGAUGAGGAUAAGUUGACAGAGUUGUAUGAAAACCUAACUGUGACGUCGGAUAACUAUUUUGAAAAUGUUCAGAAUACAAGAUUGUGGACCACAGAUUACGAAUAUGGCAGACUCCGGGAGCCCAAUAAGAAAGGAAACUGGAAGAAAUAUGCCCGUGCGGCUGACGUAAAUGCCUAUUAUAGUUCCAUGGAGAACAGCAUUCAAUUCCCGGCUGGAAUCUUGCAGGGCGUAUUCUUUGGAAAAGACAGGCCGAACUAUAUGAAUUAUGGAGGAAUCGGCUUUGUCAUAGGACAUGAAAUAACUCAUGGGUUUGAUGACAGAGGGCGUCAGUUCAAUAAAGACGGAAACAACGAGAACUGGUGGGAGCCACAGACAGAUCAGUUGUUUCGGGAGAAGGCCCAAUGUAUAAUAGAACAGUACGGGAACUACACUGUUCCAGAAAAUGGAUUGAAGAUUAAUGGUAUCAACACGCAAGGUGAAAACAUUGCAGAUAAUGGAGGACUGAAACAAGCUUAUCGAGCUUACAAGUCUUGGGUUAAAGAUAACGGUCCCGAGCUUCCUCUGAUUGGUUUGAAGUACAGUCCCGAACAGCUGUUUUGGAUAAGUGCAGCUAAUGUGUGGUGUGGUAAAUAUCGGCCUGAAGUUCUGAAACUGAGGAUACUUUCUGGUUGGCACAGUCCAGCUCAGUUUAGAAUCAUUGGGUCCUUUUCCAACCUGGAAGACUUCGCCAAAAGCUUUAAUUGUUCGAUCAACUCUCACAUGAACCCUCAGAAGAAAUGUACGAUUUGGUGAUGCUAGCGCCAUCUUGCCCGUUACAGAUGCAAUGGCUUCUGUAGUUAAUUGUUUUUUUUUUUCUGAUUUAAAAGUUUCAACAAAAAAUUGAAACUCGAAAUACACAUUUAGAUGAAAAUUAUUUUGGAAAUUUGCUUUUAGAACUUACUGUAAUUGAUAAAUUAAAAUGUUUAAUAUUUAUACGUUUAUCAUAUUGUUAUAGUAAUUUGUGUUCAAGACUUUUAACGUUUCAAACACUACAGGCAACACUAAAUGAAUUGUUGUUAUACAGUGUUGAAGAUAUUGUUUUAAUUUUAAAUGGAACUAUUGAUUUGGAUCAUUUAUUUAAGUUUGUAUUUUGAAAAUAGCUAAGAGUUGUAAGAAAAUCUGAAAUAUAGCCUAGAUUUUUAGACUUUUUAAAGAAAACAAUGAAAAGUUUCUUUGACAGUGCAACAUAUUAUAAAUAUAAUACUCACAUUUGUAAUAUGUGAAGAUAUGUAUUUACUAGUAGGUCCGUUUGUAUUUGCAUGUCAUAUUUUUGGUUUCGGUUGUAUAAUACUUUUGUAGUUCUUUUGUUUUGUAAGAAUUUUCACGCCAUCUUUGUCGUAAGAAAGAACGUAAGUUAGUCUUUAUUAAGAACUGUAAACUUAGUAGGAUAUAGUGCACAUGUAUUUUGACCGUCACGUGACAUUCACUUAACCUUAGUGGUUGUAUUUCAUUCAUGUUGACUUCUAUUUUGUAUCUAAAUUAGUAUCUUACACUUAAUUCUUUUACUGUUUCUAUAUUCGAAAUUAAAUAAAAAAAAAAGAAAGAAACCAGCUGAUGAGAUUCUGAAUGUCAUUCGUGCUAAAACAUAACUUUGUAAAGUCAAAUUCGAGACUGCAGUCUUAUCGAUAAAUAUUGUUUAAUUGUAGCAGUUUGCAGCAAGUUUCAUGUGACAAUAUCAUAUAAUGUAGUAGAGAAAAUGUUCAAGUAUAUUUAACAAAAGUUGUUUAUGGUGUACUUUUGGUGUGGAAUUAAAAUCUUACUGUUGAAAAUCAAUUGUAGAGAGCUCAAUCAAAUGUUGUACUAAUUACUUUUAUUGUGAAUGUUGGAAAUCAAAGCAUUUUUAAAUAUUAUUGUUAGUUUGAUAUUCAUGUACGCCUGGAAGGUUGAAUUUCUUGCAUAUGAAACUCAAGUUUUCACUUUUACUAUUUUACUUCAAUUAUAAAUAUUUAAGUUUGUCUGAUAACAAUAAGUGAAUGUUUAUUUCAAACUAUCCAGGACUAACAUAUUUUUAAAUAAAUAUAUUACAACUUCCACCGUAAUAUAUGUAUGUAAUCUCUUUGUCUCGAAGAUUACAGUAUGGUGCAAGUAUCUUUACAACCUCGGAGUAAGUUUUGCUUUAUUUUACAAGUGUAUAUUAUCAAUCUUACUUGGUGUUUGGUCGACUCCGGCUCCUCAUGACAUUUACGUAUACUCAUGUUUAUCUUGUAUUGGCGUAUUGUGUAAGAAAGGAAGAUUAAUAAAAAUGUUAUAUUAAAAUACCAUAAAAAUUGUUUAUAUGUAUACUAGUCACUGUAAGUAGUUUUAUCAGCAUGCAAUAUAUAACCUGAGAAGAAACUAGAUGAAAACGUUUUACAUGCACCAUAUAUGCAAUCUGGAACGAGGAAACGGUUAGUAGUUUCAGUCAAAAGUAAGG